AUGUGUGCGGCUUGCACAUCGCAUAUUAGUUUGUUCUCCAAUUGUUUACAUCAGUCAAAAAUGUCGUCUUUGAAAUAAGAAUUUCAGGAUUUUUUUUUCAAUAAACCUUUCGAAAGAAAUUGAUAUCCGCUCAUUCCAGAGAAGCCAUUUUUUCAAAUGAUCUAAAACUUGAUAAAACUUUGUGUGGAAUAACAUUGUCAGCAUUUCAAACAUAAUGCUAAAUAACUUGCGGUCACUACAGUUUGAAGACUGGGUGCAUAAUAAUUGGGUUGCUACUUUUUGUGAUUGGUUGUCUUGAAAUGAUUCCAAGUGAUAACAUCAGAUAUGUAGGCAUCAUUGAGGUCAUUUGUGGUGUUUGGUUGCUCAUCGGAAUUCGUCUAAAUGAACAAUCGAAACUUGUCCCGUGCAUGAUCGUACGUUCACUAUACGUACUUGGUGGCACACUUGGGCCGAUUCUCAACAGCAAUUCGUUCAAUGAUAAGGAUUAUCCCAACAUUCCAGCAGAAGUAAAUAUUGCCGCUUGUCUCAUUAUCGCAGCAAUCAAUGCUUAUAUGUUAGCCGUAAUAUAUUCAUUCUACCAAGUGAUGGGACAAUAUUUGCCGAUGUGAAUGAGAAUCAAUCGACUCAAUGAAACUUUGUCAAGAUAUUAUUUUUGAUCACAAUCUUCUUGUUAUGAACUAAGCUCAAUUAUGUACAUUAAAAUAAAUGUUUU